ACUUGGCACGGGAGAGUAAGCGACGCCGCGGUGUCGGGUUUGAUGGUCUCUGGAAAAAGGUGAAGCAGAGGCGCCGAAAACACGGAUAAAUGAGCGUAAAUUACUGAAUUAAGAGGACUAAUAAAGAUGACUUCCAUUGUGAAGUUUGAGGGAGUGUGGGGUGUUGGAGACGAGACACCUCACUGUUACCUCCUUACAGUGGACGACUUCACUUUUCUUCUUGAUUGUGGCUGGGAUGAGAAGUUUGAUAAGUCAUACAUUGAUCGUCUUGCAAAAAUUCUGCCUCGUGUUGACUGUGUCUUAAUAUCAUAUUCAGACCCAUUACAUAUGGGUGCCCUGCCCUACUUAGUGGGAAGGUGUCAACUCACCUGCCCUGUCUAUGCCACUGUUCCUGUGUUCAAAAUACAGAUGUUCAUGUAUGACUGGUUCCAGAGUCAUCAUAACUAUGAUCUUGUGGAACACUUCACCCUUGAUGAUGUUGAUGCUGCUUUUGAAUUAAUAACACAAGUAAAGUACAAUCAGAGUGUCCCAAUGAGAGGAAAAGGCAUUGGCCUAAGUAUUUCAGCACAGCCAGCUGGCCACAUGAUUGGAGGGGCCAUUUGGAGAAUCAUUAAAGAUGGGGAAGGGGAUAUUGUGUAUGCAGUAGACUUCAACCACAAGAAAGAAAGACAUCUGGGUGGGUGUGAAUUGGACAAAAUCACCCGCCCGUCACUCCUCAUCACAGAUGCUUUUAACGCUUCCUACAGACAAGAGAGAAGACGUCACAGAGAUGAAAAGCUUGUUGCCCAGCUUCAAGAGACCUGUCGGAAUGGAGGCAAUGUGUUAAUAGCCACUGACACAGGUGGGCGGGUCUUAGAAAUGACGCACAUGCUGGAGCAGAUGUGGAGUACGCGAGAGAGUGGGCUGUCUGCCUAUUCCCUUGCUAUCUUGUCCAAUACAGGCUACCAUGUUAUACACUUUGCAAAACAGAUGAUUGAAUGGAUGAGUGAGAAGCUCACCAAAGCCUUUGAUUCCUUGCGUACAAAUCCUUUUAGCUUCAAGCACCUGAAGUUUUGCCACAAUCUGACGGACUUGAGCAGACUACCAUCACCCAAGGUGGUGCUGGCUAGCUUCCCUGACUUGGAGUGUGGAUAUGCCCGAGAGCUGUUUGUUCAGUGGGCAACAAACCCAAAGAAUGGCAGGGGGAGGGGACAAAUUAUUUUAACUUCCAGAACUGGACCAGACACGUUAGCCAGACGACUCAUUGACAACCCACAGAUCAGAACUUUUAAGCUUCUGGAGAAGAGACGCAUGAAGUUGGAAGGGUCUGAGCUGGAUGAACACUACCGCAUGAAGCGAGAGGAAGAACAGCAACAGCAGAGGAUUAAGAUGGAAGAGGUUGAAUCCUCAAGUGACAGUGAAAACGAAGAUGGCCUGGAAGCUGGAAAGCACGAUAUUAUUGUCCUGCAUGAAAAGGCUGGCAACCAGAGCAUGUUUAGAAGUCGGAAGCAUCAUCCAAUGUUUCCCUUCCAUGAAGAAAAGAUUAGAGGAGAUGACUAUGGAGAAUACAUCAACCUGGAAGACUUUGACAUUAGUUCCAUGAAAGAAGACAACAAAGAAAUUGAGAAUUUGCAAAUACCAUAUGAGGAUGAUGACUUAAUGGACAUCGAGGAGCCACCCUCCAAGUGUGUCUCUCAGACGGUAACAGUGAGGGUCACAGCCCAAGUUCUCUUCAUUGACUUUGAGGGCAGGAGUGAUGGAGAGAGUAUACGGAAAAUUGUCGAGGCUAUGCAUCCACUGCGGGUAAUAUUGGUGCGCGGUUCCCCGACUGACCUUCAAGCCUUUUCCCAAAAUAUUAGAAGCAUGACCAAAGCCAAGGUGUUCACCCCCAGCCUCGGAGAAGUCGUCAAUGCCUCCAUGGAGUCUCACAUUUAUCAGGUCAAACUCGCAGAAUCUUUAGUAUCAUCCUUGAUGCUGAAGCCGGCUGGAAGGGAAGUAGAAGUGGCUUGGGUGGAUGGCAUUGUUUCCUUCCCAACGGAGAGCAUUGAUGAGGCAGUCGAGGAGGGAGAUAGACAAGUUAUUGCAAGUGAAAGCCAGCAAGAUAGGGAGAUGCCAACACUCAGUGUGAUUCCUGUAGAGACGGCACCGCUUCAUAACCCAGUCUUCAUCAAUGAUAUUCGACUCAGCGAAUUCAAGCAGGUCCUGAGUCGAGCUGGUAUAAGUUCCGAGUUCAAUGCUGGUAUUCUUUGGUGUGCAAAUGGAACUCUGGCCUUGAAGAAACAAGAGUCCGGCAGCCUGUCUCUGGAAGGACCGAUGAGUGCGGAUUAUUUUGAAAUUCGUGAACUACUUUAUUCACAGUACGCAAUGAUCUAAGAAACACUUUUGAGGGGAUGCAACGUGGAAUUUGUUGACCAUGUUGAGAGAUCAAGGCUCACCAUGAUGAAGAUGUUACAAAGAAAGAAAGUGCAACUUGGAAUGAGGAUAUUGUUUUUAUGGAAUAUCAUUUUUAUUAUUAUUAUUUUUUUAAUGGUAAUUGUUCAUGUUUAAAAUAACUUAACAGGUAAUAAGAUUUAAUUUAAGAAUAUUAUUAUCUCUAUCUGAAUUUCAUGUAGGUAUAAUAGAUUAUAUUAUUUGAAUAUUCCAGUGUCAGGAGAGAAUAAAAGUUUGGUUGUGUUAACUCUUUCACAAAACAUUAUUCUGCCUUGGAAUUUAAGAUAAGUGAGUGAUGAUUCUUUAUCCUGUUGUCAAGUUAUUAAAUAAACCAAUUUUGGUAACAGUUACCAAAAUGGACAGAAAAAAACACACUGAUAAUCAAGUUCUAUGAAAUGAUUCAAU